CCGCCAGCUGCUGCCGCCUCCCCGCUCACUACACGUCCUCGCACCAGGGCAUCCACGACUUCAAUGGAAUACGCCCGCCACUACGAACGCCAUUCCGUGCUCCGUGCCUUCGUCUGACCUCCCGGCCGACCGUGGGGUCACACGUGAACAUUGUCGGCGCAUGCACAAGGAAGGCAUGGCCGCAACCAUUGAACAACUAGACAGGCGGGCCCGGGCGAUGGAAGAGGAGCUGAACAAGCGCGCCGAUGGCCAGGCAUUGGCCCCAGAGCUGGCUUCGGUGCUCCAGGAGUACCGGGCAGCCUGCGAGAGCCUGACGUUUGCCGACUUCGCGUAUGCCUCAGCCCACGAGGUUGAGCAGAAGCUCUGGACCGCGCAUUUGAAGGUCAACGCCAUCUUCAGGCAAAUGCAUAAGAUGCUCAAGAAGUCCAAAGAUCAUGUUGUGGAAAUUCGCAAGUUCCAGAAGAACUACCUCCAAUUCAUCAAGGCCAGCCAGCGCUACUACCGCCAGUACAUCCUGAACCUCGACGCCCACUUCGACGGCAUUCCCGAGCUGCGCAAAAUCGCCCAGAAAUGGAAGGACGAUGCGUCCAAGACGUCCCCGCGCCCGCGCAUACCCGCAGCCCUCAGGAACACCGUCUUCCAGUCGUGCCACCAGACGCUGAUUCACCUCGGUGAUCUCUCCCGCUACCGCGAGACGGAGCUUGUUGACAAGGACAAGGAGCGCAACUGGGGCCCUGCCAAAGGCUACUACGACCUCGCUCACGACAUAUACCCCGACUCUGGCUACGCUUCCAAUCAGCUCGCGGUCGUCUCGCGCGAAGACGGCGACCACUUCCGCACCGUGUACCACCUCUAUCGCUCGCUCGCCUGCAAGCUACCGUAUCCGCAGGCCAGGGGGAACCUCGAGACCGAGUUCAAGCGCAUCAUCGCAGCUUGGGAUAAGGGUCAGCUGAUCAGCAGCCACAAAUCUGCCGACGGCAAUACAGGUCGCGCUCUGGUUGCCUGGUUCGUGCGCCUGCACAGCAAGAUCUACAAAGGCGAGGAGUUUGCUGCGCACGAUGAGCUGGAGGGUGAGGUGCUCAGCCAUCUCGCUGUUGAGCUCAAGGAGCGCCCGCUGGACUCGAUCCUACCCAAGAUCAUCCUGAUCAACCUCGCAGCCGAGUACUUUGCGACUGUACAGAUGCAGGCAGCAAACCCACCCGAGCACAUCAUGCGCACAUACUUCUACUUCCUCCGUCUCAACGUCAAGACCUUCUUCAUCUUGUUGCAGGUAUUGCAGCCCGAGCUUGAGCGUCUGUCCGAGGCCGACGAUGUGACCUAUCAGAACGGCGACAAUGCACGACAGCUGUCCGAUAAGAUCACCGCCGUUGCACGCCGCAUACUUCCCGGACUUCGUCUAUACAGCACGUGGUUCGCACGCUACUGGCAGGUGCUCAACGCUAACAUCGCCGACACCUUGACCAUCGUGGAUGUACAAGAGCUCUGGAAGGCUUACGCUGCGACUCUGACGCUACUGACAUCGAGCUUCCCCGUUGAUCAGCUGCCGAAAGAGAACUACAUGUUGGAGGAAGACACCGACACUAUCGGCUUCCAGCCCCUGAUGUCACCAGACACAAUGAAGGUGUGGUACGACGGCGAGGCUCUGAAGCCCAAGUGGACAGACGUCGAGAGAAAUCACCCCAACGUGGAGAUGCUCAUGCGCAUCAAGGAUUUGCUGAUCGACGGUCUGCUUCUGACACAGAACGCAGACGCGCCUUUGGACCUGGCUGGCACUCGCUUCAUCUACCGCGAGGAGGGACUUCCAUCUGAGCUGCUGGCGAGCCCCAUCACUCGCAUGGACGGCUCACCUGUUCUUUCUCCGCGGGCUGUGGACAUGCCUUUGUUUCCUCCUGCCGCGCCUAUUCCAGACGACCAGAAGUCGUACAGCGUUGCCGCGCCAUCUGAGUCAGCUUCUACUACCGUUGCCAAGGACACGGCGAUGCGCUCCAUGGUUGACGAUCUGGUCGGUGCAGACGAUGGUUUGGAUCCCCUUCCCGAGGAAGACGAGAACAUGCCGCCAACACCCCCUGAGCAGACAUUCGAGGAUACCGCGGUAGUCAACGACAACACUUAUGCUCCAGCACCGUUCUCGAUCAGUGACUUGGUGAACUCGGUCAAGAACUACAAGCCUUUGUCUCCGGCUCCAGGCGCUGCCAUGCUCUCUGCUUCGAUGCAGCGAUCUGGCUCCACCUCUUCGAUGCGUGGACCUGCACACCUGCCGUCCCUUCCUGACGGGCAGUGGAACCAGAACUCGAUCUGGUCUACAGGCGUACAUGGUUCGCCAAACCCUUCGUCGCCCGCGUUCAACGGACACAGUUUCGAUCCUCGCAGGCCAUCGAUGAAUGGUGGCGGCUCACACGGCAUGUCUAGCCACGUGCGUGGUGAGUCUGCAAACUCGCAGCUGAGCGCUGAUGGUAUGACUCCGACGGCGGGCAGGGCUUCCCGACCCAUUAGUGGUGGGCUCGGGGUGGGUGCCUCAUGGGGACACACAAAUGCUAAUAGCGGCACGUGGGGGUCGUUUUCUGGGAGCAGCUACAACGAGGUUCAGAACGGCCAUGCUCACGAUGUGCACAUGGCUAGCCCUCUGAUGUUCAGCUCGUACCACGACAAAGCUCAGAGCUCCUGGGGUCGCACUCCUCCCAACGGCCAGGGCGGUUGAUGCAGAGGCAGCUGCAGCCUUGACAAGCUGCUUGCUAUCGUUCUUCUAUCAACCUUACCUGUCAGCGUCACAAGUUCCCGCCAUCGAGAGCUUUCGCCGACGACCAGGCGUUUGGGCGACUUCACCGGAGCGCUUGCCAGUGGGCAACUGCGUCCAUGUCUGUCAGGCACAGUGCAGCGGUCAGCUGUAGUGGCUCUCGGGGGCUUUCAAGGGGAUUGAGUCAUUCUACGACG